AUGGAGCCAGGCUGGGGCUGGAACGGCUCCCGGCAGAGCCCACCUGGGCACGGCCAGGGGCCGCCGGGCCUGGCACGGGAGCCCAACCUGACGCUGCUGCACACCCGGGACGAGGAGCUGGCCAAGGCCGAGGUGGGCGUGCUGGGCACCAUCCUGGCCGUGGCCACCGUGGGCAACCUGGGCGUGCUGCUGGCCAUGUACCGGCUGAGGAGGAAGAUGAGCCGCAUGCACCUCUUCAUCCUGCACCUGGGCCUGACCGACCUGGGCGUGGCCCUGUUCCAGGUGCUGCCGCAGCUCCUCUGGAAGGUCACCUACCGCUUCCUGGGGCCCGACGCGCUCUGCAGGGCCGUCAAGUACCUGCAGGUGCUCAGCAUGUUCUCCUCCACCUACAUGCUGAUGGCCAUGACGCUGGACCGCUACCUGGCCGUGUGCCGCCCGCUGCAGUCGCUGCGGCAGCCCGGCCGCCAGGCCUACGCCAUGAUCGGGGCCACCUGGCUGCUCAGCUGCCUGCUCAGCCUGCCCCAGGUGUUCAUCUUCUCGCUGCGGGAGGUGCGCCCGGGCUCGGGGGUGCUGGACUGCUGGGCGGAUUUCGGCUUCCCGUGGGGAGCGCGCGCCUACGUCACCUGGACCACGCUGUGCGUCUUCGUGCUGCCCGUGGGCGUGCUCAGCGCCUGCUACAGCCUCAUCUGCCGCGAGAUCUGCAAGAACCUCAAGGGCAAGACCCAGAGCAGCGCGGGGGGAGCGCCGGGGGACGGCCCUGCAGCCCCCAGCCCCGCGGGGAAGGGGAGGGAGAAGGGCAAGGGGAAGGGGAAGGGCGGGCAGCCGUCGCGGGUGAGCAGCGUGCGCACCAUCUCCCGCGCCAAGAUCCGCACGGUGAAGAUGACCUUCGUCAUCGUGGCCGCCUACGUCACCUGCUGGGCGCCCUUCUUCAGCGUGCAGAUGUGGUCAGUGUGGGACCAGGACGCCCCCGAUGACGAGUCCACCGACGUGGCUUUCAGCAUCACCAUGCUGCUGGCCAGCCUCAGCAGCUGCUGCAACCCCUGGAUCUACCUGUUCUUCAGCGGGCACCUCCUGCGGGGCGCCGGGCGCUGCCGGGGCCAGCCCCGGGCUGGGCUGCGCAGACCCAACUCCACCGGGAGCCUGUGCAGCAGGAAAACCACGAUCCUGAGCCACAGCCAGCAGGCCGGGCUCCCGCUGCACGGGGACAGCGCCCGGGAGCUGCGCCCGUCCUGCCCCGAGGGCGUGACAGAGUCGGCGACGCUCUAG